GGCAUUGUUUUUGUCAUCUCCCUCUGCAUCACUUCGUCUAAUCAAAUAUCUCUCUCCAUUUUCAAUUUCCUUUGAACUGCUAAGAGAGGGAGAGUAAGAUAUUUCCUACUCCAGCCAUGGAAAACCCUAAGGUUCAGGAGAUUAUAGAGAAACAAGUGCUUAUGGUAGCAAAGGCCACGGAGGAUAAGCUAGAUUAAGAGAUCAUCGCACUUGAGCGUCUUGAUGUCAAUGAUCUGGAAGCACUAAGAGAGAGGUGCAUAAAACAAAUGAAGAAAAUGGCGGAGAAGCGCAAUCACUGGAUCUCCCUUAGCCAUGGCAAGUACUCUGAGAUCCCCUCUGAGAAAGACUUCUUCUUCAUUGUUAAAGCCAGUGACCAUGUUGUUUGUCAUUUCUAUAGCAAGAAUUGGGCCUAUAAGAUAAUUCUGAUAGACAAGCACUUGAGUAUACUGGCAAAGCGACACAUAGAAACACGUUUUGUGAAAAUUCAUGCUGAUAAAAGUCCAUUUUUGGCUGAGAGACUCAAGAUUAUUAUUCUUCCAAUGUUUGCCCUUAUAAAGAAUGCUAAAGUGGAUGAUUAUGUGGUGGGGUUUGAUGAACUUGGUGGAACAGAUGAGUUUAGCACAGAGGAUUUAGAGAAGAGGUUUGCUAAAGCUCAUGUCAUCUUUUUUGAGGGUGAAUCAUCUCUAAAUCCAUCGAGAUCUAGCACACAAACCAGGAGGAGUGUUAGGCAAAGUGAAAGCCAUGACUCAUUAGAUUCAGACUGA